CACACACACACACACACACACACACACACACACCCGCUUAAGCACACUCAGACGUCUCUCUGUGGGAGCCGCUCCUCUGAGCGGUGGAAAGAAAAUUUGCCACAACAGUGCGGGGAUUUUAACGUGAAGAUGACAGAUGGAUUUUUGAAGCUGGUUUGAACGUAGCUUUCUUCAAGUAUGAAGCUCCUUGAAAACAUUCCACUUGUACAGAUCCUCUUUCUGCCAUUUCUGAGCCUGGUCGGUGGGGUGCAAAGAGAUGAUUGAUUAGGAAAGGAACUAACUGGUGCAGGAGCUAUGGGACUCAUGGAUUUUGCUACCAUUCAAGCUCCCCAAAUCACAACUUCACUUGAAACUGUAGACGCCCUGUUGGAUCAAAAUGCUACUUUUAUAUGUGAGGUUGACUCAUACCCUCUAGCUGACAUUACAUGGACACGCAAUAAUUAUCCUAUAAGGUACUAUGAUUCACGAUACAUUAUCAGAGAAAAUGGCCAAAUGUUGAUCAUUCCCAAUUUGAAGGACUCAGACAAUGGAGAAUACUGCUGCAAUGCAAACAAUGGAAUUGGAGAGCCAGCAAAGAGCUGUGGGGCUUUGCAGCUUAAGAUGAAGCCUGAAAUUAAGAGACAUCCAACCAAUGUCACUAUGCUACUGGAGUCCAAGGCAGUGUUGCCGUGUGUGACGUUAGGAUAUCCCAAGCCAGAUAUUUCCUGGAUUAAAGAUGACGAUUUGAUAAAGGUUGAUAACCGAAUAUCAAUUUUAGAAUUUGGUGCCCUAAAAAUACAAAAUAUUAAAAAAGAGGAUGCAGGGCAGUACCGAUGUAUGGCUAAGAACAGCUUUGGUAUCGCCUUCUCAAAGCCAGUCACUAUUGAGGUACAAGCUCCUGCUAAAAUACUUAAAGUUCCCAAAGAGAGGAAGGUGCAGAUUGGGACAGAGGUGGUCUUGGAGUGCAAUGCUACUGGCAACCCCGUACCAUCCAUCACUUGGCUCAAAAAUGGCAAUACGAUCACAGCCGCGUCAGUAGAGGAGACGCUGGUUGGGGAGGUGAUCGUCUCAGUGCUGCAUGUGGUGGUGAAUAAGCCGGCUCUCUACACAUGCCAGGCCACCAACCAGCACAGCGGAGGAGCCAACACUGUCAAAGCCACGGCCAAGAUCACUGUCUCAGAAUGGAGGCUGUACAAGAGUAACAGUGGCUACUGCAGCACAUACCGGGGCAGGGUGUGCCAGGGCAUGCUGAGGAAUGAUGCGCUCCUCUUCUUCAACUCCUCCCUGCUGGAGCCUGAACAGGCACAGGAGUUCUUGGCCCAGGGUGGUCUGGCGGAGCUCGAGGGCGUGAGCUCAUUGUGCCGGCCUGCUGCCCGCUCCUUGCUCUGCCAUGCUGCCUUCCAGGACUGUAGCCCCUCAAGCCUGGGACCUGCCCCGAAACCUGUCUGCAGGGAGCACUGUCUGGCUGUGAAGGAGCUCUACUGUUAUAAGGAGUGGCAGUUGGCAGAGGAGAGAGGCCACAGAGGAGUUGUUUCUCCAGGCCUGAGCAGCUCCCUGCCGGACUGCCACCAGCUCCCCAGCCAGCAGUUGGAUCCAGCCCUGUGCACCGCUGUAGCCUUUGUUGAGAUCAAGAAAGACCAAAUUACAACAACAUGCUACAAUGGCAGAGGAAGGUUUUACCAAGGAACUCACAAUGUCACAGCGUCUGGAAUUCCCUGUCAGCGCUGGGACCAGCAGGAUCCUCAUCCUCACAGGCUGGCCGUGGAUAUUAUUCCUGAGCUGUGGGAAGCUGAGAACUACUGCCGCAACCCUGGGGGAGAAAGUGACAGGCCAUGGUGCUACUCCAGCAGCCCCAGUGUCCGUUGGGAGUACUGCCUGGUUCCCAAGUGCGGGGAAGUGGUUACCAGUAUGCGAGCAGUGCCUGCUUCUAAACUGACCCCUCCAAACCCAGUUCCUGCCAUGUCCAUCACCUACUACAUGAACAUCAUCAUAUUCAUCAUCGCUGGCUUUGCAGGUGUAGCCUUCCUGACCAUGCUCAUCCUCAUGUUUCAAAAGAGGAAGAAAAUAUGGAAACGCAAAAAAAGCAGAGUGGUAGAAACGCCCACCCUCACAGCCCUGCCUUCCGAGCUGCUGCUGGACAGACUGCACCCCAACCCUCUGUACCAGCGCCUGCCACUCUUGCUCAACUCCAAGCUACUCACGCUUGAGUACCCUCGUAACAACAUUGAGUAUGUGCGUGACAUUGGUGAAGGUGCCUUCGGCCGCGUCUUCCAGGCACGGGCUCCUGGACUAUUGUCAUAUGAGGCCUUCACCAUGGUGGCAGUGAAGAUGCUGAAGGAAGAGGCCUCCAUCGAUAUGCAGAAUGACUUCCAAAGAGAGGCUGCUCUCAUGGCUGAGUUCGACCACCCCAACAUUGUCAGGCUCCUGGGAGUAUGUGCUGUGGGCAAGCCCAUGUGCCUGAUGUUUGAAUAUAUGGCACACGGGGAUCUAAACGAGUACUUGCGGCGGCGCUCACCAGCCCAGCAGCGUGCCUUGAGCCGGGGAAGCCUGUCGUGCCCCAGCUUGGCCUCAGAGCCGGAGGCACGACCACUCAGCUGCCUGGAGCAGCUCUCUGUGUCCAAGCAGGUGGCGGCAGGCAUGGCCUACUUGUCAGAGCGCAAGUUCGUGCACCGUGACCUGGCCACGCGCAACUGCCUGGUGGCUGAGGAGUUGGUGGUAAAGAUUGCUGACUUCGGCCUGUCACGCAACAUCUACGCUGCUGACUACUACAAGGCCAGCGAGAACGAUGCCAUCCCCAUUCGCUGGAUGCCACCUGAGUCCAUUUUCUAUAACCGCUACACCACUGAGUCUGACGUGUGGGCCUACGGUGUGUUAUUGUGGGAGAUCUUCUCGCAUGGCAUGCAGCCCUACUAUGGCAUGGCCCACGAGGAGGUCAUCUACUACGUGAGGGAUGGGCAUGUGCUCACCUGCCCAGAGAACUGCCCCCUGGAGCUCUACAACCUGAUGCGGCUGUGCUGGAGCAGUCACCCCAGCGACCGGCCCAGCUUUGGCAGCAUUCACCGCAUCCUGGAAAGGAUGCACAGCCAGAUGCUGAACCCCAGCAUGCUCUGAGCGCUCACGCUCACCACAGACCUCGAUGAACCUAGUGAGGAGGUAUGACAAUAAUUAUGGGGGAGCACCAGUGAACCUUCAGAACUUUAACCCAUCUGAGGUCAACUGCAUUGUGGAUUGAGGGCAUGGUUGCUCUGAUCAACAGCUCUAGUCAACAGUUACUAGAUUUGUUCUGUGGGAUGGAGAGCAUAGAUCAGAGACAUUAGAAAAUAAGCUGUACUAGACCUAGGACACCAGUUUGCCUUUAGAAUUUUCACAUGGAGUGGUAUGUGUCAGCAUUAGGAAGAGUCAUGCUUCAGAUAGACGAGCAGUGAAUUAAUGGUGGAAGAGUAUGGUGGUCAUUGUGGCUAAUCAGAGACAUUUUCACCAAACUCUGAGCGUGUUGAAUAAACAUAUAGCAACUCCUUUACAAUUUUCUACAUGAUAUUGUUUUUUUUGUUGCCAGUUUUUAGUGCAUUCUUGACAUAAUUUGACACCAAUAUUACGUAUUUAUUGAUCUAAAUGACAAAUAAGCAAAAUUAAGGGCAGAACACCAAAUGCUUGAUGCUGUAUCAUGUUGUCUUUGCAGUGUUGUUUAAAAAAAUGUGUUUAAUUCAAACUGGCACAACAUCACUUUACUGAUGUUUGUGUUUGAUCCUCUUUUUCUGACUAAUAGGCUAUGUAUGGGUAAUUCAUUUUUAUUAUGAUGAUUUUUACUUUUAAUAUUGUGUUUAACCCUUCUGUAUGUAGAAGUAGGACAAAACCUAUUCUGCUAAAGAGAAAAGAACAAUGAAAUAAAAUAUUGCUACUCCAAUUAAGCACAUUUAUACAGAACAUAUAAAUAUAAAUAUUAUUUAGAGAUUAGCAUUGAUUUUAAUUAGUCACAUAUCAUAUUCUACCACCAGUUCCAUUUUAUUCAUUAACAAUUAGGCUUGUACAAAAUUAUUAUGGAAAUACACUAACAUACUUUGUAAUCAUAUGCUUAACACACAUAAUAAUAUAGUACAUAUUAACAUAUUACUUAGCCAAUCAUCAAUUAUAGUAUUCAGGGAACGUCAGAACCUGAAAGUAAUUACACACCUAUUAAAGCCACAAUCAGAUACUUUUUUUUCUUUUUUUCCAGCAUGUCUGUUUCUCUACUUGACCUUAUAGUAGUCUAGAAAAGAAGUCACAGAUUUAAAGAACCAGAUUUAGAAGCCUAAAUUGUUUGUUUAUACCUGCAUUAGUUGGAAGCAAUCAUUAAUAUGUCCACUGUUAGUGGAUCCUGUAGAGACCUGCCAUAAUGCACUGCUAAACAAGCAUAGAUAUACAAAUUUCAUACAACUAUGGUUAAAACUGCCCUCUGGUUACAUAUGUAAAUUAAAGUCAGCCUACAUAUCGGUUUAGUUUUUUGGUGUUUACUGUAGUACAGGUUUCUCCUUGUUUGUCUCGUAACACGUUCAGUAUGAGCUACACACAAUGACAGACAGAGGGCAGUACUAUAUUAGAAGAUUCACUGAGCUUGUUUUUCUGACAUGAAAUCAUUAAGCAGAGUUAUUCAGUAAAGUUACCUCGGAUUUCAAACUAUGGAUUUUGCUGAAUUCCUUUCAGAAGAAUUUGUUGGGCCAAAUUCCUCCGACUGUUUGGAAAUGGAGCGUUUAAAAAAGCAUUUGUGCUGAGUCUGUGAGGGAGCCAAGGGGUGUGUGUUUCUCAACUGCCAGGAGUUCGGCUGGGCACCCGCCGCACAAGACUGGCUCAUCUGUGCCACGGGUGACCUGCAAGGAACGAGCAAGGUGAACCACAGAGGUCCCACCACAGGCCAGGAGCCACGAGCCCGGGUUGUGCUCCAUGAGCCAUGCCAGCUGGAGAGCCCUCUGGUUCUGCCAGACUGGGCAGAGUGGAAGCAGGACUUCACAGCCUCAGUUCCAGCCCUCACCUCUCCCUGACCUGCUCAACACCGCCUCUUAAAGGCUGCACACUCCAGAGCAACAGAGAAGAGGGAGUGAGCUAUCUGUCAGUGCUCUCAGAACAGUGGAGCCAAUAGGGAACUAGAUGUUUCCUAAAGUGAAUUUAUCUUGUGUAAUGCUAUUUCAUUGUACAUUUAAAGCACCUCAUUACAUUUUGUUGCACUUGGGAAGUGCAGAGUUCCAUCCUACUGUGACCCAUAAUCUAGUUUCCAAAACUGUUUACUGUUGCUACUAAGAGGUUUGCCAUUACAGAUCAUCUUCAUCCUUCAUUCAUAUAAACCCUGCAACCAUGAGUCAAACAUAUACACAGUGACUCCAUCUACCCAAAUGGUUACCAAAUUGUCAUUCUUCAUAAUAAUAUUUUGUGUCAUGACUAAUUUGCUUAGAAAUGUAACUUACUGCAACAGUAUUUGACAAUAAAAUAAAUCCCAAGGUCUAUA